GAUUAUCUGAGAAGGCUCAUAAAUGUCUCCGGUCCCUUCUUCUUCUUCGUUGCAUUGGCGCGUACCUCAAAUCUUAAAAGAUACGGAGUGUAGAUAGGAGAUUAAUGGUUAUGUUCUUAAAGCUCAGACAGAGCAGGUUCGGGGCCAUUAAUUUGGUGGCCAAUUCAAGCUCGCCCAGAUUUUGAGUUUUACGGCGAAGGGAGCAUUUAAAUGGAAGUAUCCAUCACACUGCUUAGCUUUCUUUCAUCCGCCUGUUUCUGAAUUACUAGGUCGGCCGGCCGGCCGGCGCAUUUCUUUUGCUGCUAUCCCUCUCACUCUAAGGUUUCUGGUCUUAGAAGGUUAUGGAUCAUCCUCUCAGAGGGCUGCCUGAGACCUCUAUAAACAGGUUCGAGUUAGAGAAUGAAGUCAUUUUUCCGACUGUUGAACAAUCACUGGGCAUUCCAGACAAUGAUAAUAUUCAUGGCCUUGGUACUCAUUCUCCUGCUUUGGACUCUGAUCCUAUGCUAGACUAUAUUUGCCAGAUUCUACUGGAGGAGGAUAGCAUUGAUGGGAACAAUCACAACAUGUUCUUUGACCCCAUUGCUCUUACAGCUACUGAGAAAUCGUUUUAUGAAGCCUUGCGUGGUAACCCUUCCUCGCCUUUUUACACUAAUGAUAUUGAUCCUGCAGAAUCUAAAUCAUCUGUGACCUAUGAUUUGAGCUAUGAUGUUGAUUCUGUUGAAUCUAUAUUAUCUGUCACAUGUGAUCAUACGGAUCUUACCAUCCAGCCAUCAUCAAGGCAGACUAACAUGGAUGGGCUAAAUGGGGCUUCACGUAGCCUUCAUAGCCUUAAAUUGGUUCCAAAUAUAUGUUGUGAUCACAGUGAGUCGAUGUUGAAAUUAAAGAGAGGUGUGAAGGUAGCUGAUAAAUACGGAUUGCCUACAGAGGCCAAAAGUGAUCUCAUCCCUAUAGAGAAGGACCAAUCAGCUGACUUGUGUAGAGGAAGGAAACAUUACCAUCCAGAUGAAAUUGGGUUGGAGGAAAGGAGAAGCAAGCAGUCUGCUGUAUAUAAGGAGGAGGCUGAGUUGUCAGAGGUGUUUGAUAAAGUUUUGUUGUGCACUGAUGAUAAUGACUCUCCAUCCAGAGUCGGCCGCCCACAACACAAAGCGCGAAGUGGUCGCAAGAGCCAUUCAAAGAAAAGAAGAGAUAAUUGUGAAAUUGUUGAUCUAGAGUCUCUUUUAACCAGCUGUGCACAAUCUGUUGCUGCUAAUGAUUAUAGGGCUGCAGAAGUUAAAUUAAAGAAGAUCAGGCAGCACUCUUCGCCUGCCGGCGAUGCAAACCAAAGGUUGGCUAACAUAUUUGCUGACAGUCUUGAGGCACGGUUGGCUGGAACUGGGACACAGCUGUGUGCGGCUUUAUCUCCUAAUAACAUCAUAAUCACCGAGACGCUAAAAUCCUACCUGUCAUGUUUGCCAUUUACGAGAUUAUCAAUUUUAUUUGCUAAUAACAUGAUUUACGAAGUAGCAUCAGAAGUUGCAUCACUGCAUGUUAUAGAUUUUGGUAUUCUUUACGGUAUCCAGUGGCCCACUCUUAUUCGGGAUCUGUCACAGAGACCUGGUGGCCCUCCAAAACUUCGAAUAACAGGGAUUGAUCUCCCACAACCUGGUUUUCGUCCAUCACAAAUGUUAGAGGAAACUGGUUGUCGUUUGGCAAAAUAUUGUGAGCGUUUCGGUGUGCCAUUCGAGUACAAUUCCAUAAUAGCGAACAAUUGGGAGACACUUAAAACCGCUGAAUUUAAGCUGGUAAAGGGUGAGGUGGUUGCUGUUAACUGUAUUGAUCGACUCGAACACCUUUUGGAUGAAACAGUAGUUAUUGGGGAAAGCCCAAAGGAUGCAAUUCUAAAUUUAAUCCGAGAAGUAAAUCCUCAUAUAUUUGUGCAAUCUGUCCGUAGUGGAGCUCACAACUCUCCUUUCUUUCUCACUCGGUUUCGGGAGGCUCUCUCAUUCUAUUCUGCUGUCUUUGAUAUGUCAGACGCUACUUUACCUAGCCAUGGUAAUGAGAGGUCGAAUUUCGAACAACAAUUUUUGAGACGCGAUAUAAUCAAUAUCAUUGCAUGUGAGGGCAUGGAAAGAUUGGUGAGGCCUAACACAUACAAACAGUGGCACUCUCGCAUGAUGAGGAUUGGCUUCACUCCCAUAUCCAUAAACCCUGAACUUAUGAAGAAGUACAUGUGCAAGGUGAGGGAAGGAUAUCACAAAGAUUUUCUUUUUGCACAAGACGGCCAUUGGAUCCUACAGGGAUGGAAAGGCCGGAUUUUUGGUGGUACCUCUUGCUGGAUCUGAAAAAUUUGCACUCAGAUAGACGAUAGAGACGAUGGAGACCGGACCGGUUGGGAUGAAGGUAAGGAGGAGAUAGCAACAAAGAACAAUUGGCAUGGUGGAGGGCUGACAUUGAAGAACAACUCCGACGGAUGAUAAUGAAGGCAAUAGUCAUUGUCAUCGAGGGGAAAGCCAGUAUACGCCGUUGAAAAACUGGCCUUGAUGGCGAGGAUGGAACAAUAAUUGUACCAGGAAGAUGAAGCAAAAGAGGGAAAAACAAAUAACAGAAGAAGGAGAUGGAACUAGAGGAGAAAAAUAAAACAUAAAACAAGAAGAGGAAACACGCGAUAAUGAAAAGAAGAGUAUGAUACGGUGUACAUAGCAGGUGGGAGAACGAAAUUACGAAAAGGGUUUGGAGUCUUGGAAGGAGUUGCCAGAGAAAAAGCUAGGAGAGAGAAAAUGGGAAAAAGAAAAACAAAACAAAAAAAAGAAAGUGGAACGAAACCCGACACGUGGUUAGGUGACCGGCCAAAACUGUUUUUUCAAGUCACCGGCUUGUUUGUAGAAGACGGUUUGUAAAUGUGGGAUUAUUUUAGAAUUAUGUAUAUUUGGGAUUAAUAUUAGAAAACCUCUAAUAGUUGGGAUUAUUCUUGUGAAUUUUUCCUUUAUUUAAUCACUUCUGCCCAUUUCAUUAAAAA